AUUCUAAAAUCUGAACUGCCUUUUUCUUUCUCUCUUCCAAAUCCAAUUUCGUUAGUUGCGGCAAUCAUCUCUGGUAAUGGAUUUAGACCCAGAUGACGUUUUCAGGGACGACGAUGACGACCCCGAUAAUGAAGUCUACCAGGAAAGAGAGUCGACCAAAGAGCUUGUGGUUUACCUCGUCGAUGCUUCCCCCAAAAUGUUCUCUUCUACUUGCCUUUCCGGAGAUCAAAAGGAUGAAACUCAUUUCCACAUUGCUGUGAGUUGUAUCUCACAGUCAUUGAAGACUCAGAUCAUUAAUAGAUCCUAUGAUGAAGUUGCUAUUUGCUUCUUUAACACUAGGGAAAAGAAAAAUUUGCAGGACUUAAAUGGAGUUUUUGUAUUUAAUGUUGCUGAACGUGAGUAUCUAGACAGGCCCACAGCCAGGCUUAUAAAAGAAUUUGAUCAUAUAGAGGAAAGGUUCAUGGAAGAAAUUGGGAGUCAGUAUGGUAUUUUCUCUGGCACUCGAGAAAAUUCUCUUUACAAUGCUCUUUGGGUAGCACAAGCGCUGCUACGUAAAGGAUCUGCAAAGACAGCUGAUAAAAGGAUACUUCUUUUCACAAACGAAGAUGAUCCUUUAGGGAAUAUCAAGGGAGCAACAAAAAUAGAUAUGACAAGAACCACAUUGCAGCGAGCUAAGGAUGCACAAGAUCUAGGCAUCUCAAUUGAACUUCUACCUUUGAGUCGGCCUGAUGAGGAGUUCAAUGUUUCUCUUUUCUUUGCUGAUUUGAUUGGAUUGGAAGGUGAUGACCUUGCUCAGUUGUUGCACUCAGCAGGAGAGAAAUUGGAAGAUAUGAAAGAUCAGCUGAGAAAGCGUAUGUUCAAGAAGCGCAUAGUUAGAAGAAUCUCAUUUUCAGUUGCCAAUGGAUUAUCAAUUGAACUGAACACAUAUGCUCUGAUUCGUCCCACCAUUCCAGGAACAAUUACCUGGCUCGAUUCUGUCAGCAAUCGUCCUUUGAAGACUGAAAGAUCUUUCAUCUGUUCGGAUACUGGUGCAUUGUUGCAAGAACCUCCUAAACGUUACCAGUCUUAUAAAAAUGAGAAUAUUACAUUUUCGGCAGAGGAGCUAUCGGAGAUAAAAAGAGUUUCAACUGGGCAUCUUCAUCUUCUAGGAUUCAAGCCAUUAAGUUGCUUGAAAGAUUAUCACAACUUGAGGCCCUCAACAUUUGUUUUUCCUAGUGAUGAGGAAGUGAUUGGUAGCACUUGCAUUUUCAUUGCCUUGCAUAGAUCCAUGUUACGGCUCCAGCGAUUUGCACUGGCAUUUUAUGGCAGUUCAUCUCAUCCUCAGUUGGUUGCCCUUAUUGCUCAAGAUGAGAUUGUCAGCCACGGCAGUCAAAUUGAGCCGCCAGGAAUGCACAUGAUAUAUCUUCCAUACUGUGAAGACAUCAGACAUGUUGAAGAGCUUUAUUCAGAUUCAAGUGGUGCAACACCUAAAGCAACUGAUGAUCAAAUUAAGAAGGCUGUUGCUUUAAUGAAACGAAUUGAUUUGAAAGAUUUUUCAGUAUGCCAAUUUUCUAACCCUGCCUUGCAGAGGCACUAUGCAGUACUGCAGGCCCUGGCUUUGGAGGAGCUUGACAUGCCAGAAAUGAAAGACGAAACCCUCCCUGACGAGGAAGGCAUGGCGAGGCCAGGAGUGGUUGGUGCAUUAGAAGAAUUCAAGUGUUGUGUCUAUGGGGACAACUAUGACGAGGAAAGUGAACUUGUGCGUAAUGGAAAAGCAAGUGAGACCUCCAAAAAACGAAAAGCAAUUGCAGAAAACGCAGUGAAGGAGUCCGCAAGCUAUGAUUGGAGUGAGCUUGCGGACACUGGGAAGCUGAAGGAUUUGACGGUGGUGGAGUUGAAAUAUUACUUGACAGCACACAACCUUCCUGUUGCUGGAAAAAAGGAAGCUUUGAUCAGCAGGAUAUUAACACACAUGGGAAAGUGAGCAACUUGAGAAAGACAACAUGGCUUUGUGUGAAGAUUUUGGGUUCGGUUCAGACAAAAAUAGGAAGCUAUUGUGAAGCUGAGAAUUCCCUUUUGUAUUUUCUACCUACUGAAUUAUAUUGCAGGUGAUCUUUUUCAUCUUCCUGAGCAAUUAUGUUGUAGGUUAUCAGUUUGUGAUAGUAGUGCAUAUGCUAGUCUAGCUGCUUUGUUUGUUACUUAGCAGAUAUUUUAUGUUUGCUCUUUUACUGAUAUGCAGCUUCUUUGUAUCUUUCUGUUUCUGUGGGUCUUGCAAGUGAAUUCUUUCCUCUGCUAAAGUUUUUUAUAUGAUAUGUCAUAGAAGUUAAUUUGCUCA